UUUAACUACAUUUUAAUUGCAUUUGUGCUUUAGGCGGAUGUACUUUAUGUUAUAAAUGGUUAUGUAAACACAUUUCUCCAAACUUGCUUGUCAACGAUCGAAUUUUGUCCACUCGCGCGACCGCGUCUCGACUUCGCGGCCGUCGCUUUCGCUUUUUUUAUAUAAAAUCUGUAACUAUCGAUAGUCUGACAAUUAUCAACGUGUACGGUACUCGCAGUUUUCGGACUCGGACGUGAGUUUUCGGACUCGAAGUGCACUAACAAAGAAGAACAAAGAAGUCGGUCAACAAGUGAUUGUUCACAAAGUGAUUAGUCUCCGAUAGUCUUUUGUUUUUUUUAAGUGGUUAAAUGAAAAUUUCUUAAACUUUUUUAUUAAAUCAACCAAAUGGUAACAGAAGUCAAUAAUGCAUAACGUAAUUUCGUCAGCUAAAUUAUUAGUACUCAUUUAUUUAUUAAAAAAGAUAGUGCCGGUAUUAUGCGAGAGUUCAGAAGACGUGGUGAAUGAAAAUUUGUUUUAUAGUAAAAAUAUGAUUCAUGAUGAAGGUAAUCCUGGACUUAUAAGACUUUUAAAUGAAAACAAAUUUAAUUCGGAAAUACUUAAAAAUGUAGGCAAAGAAUCUGAUGUCGUCAAUCAUUAUGAAGAUAUUACUAUAUUAGAUUCUGAUGGAGAGUUAAGAAAUUUGAAAUACAAAUCAGCAAAAAUACCAGUGAAACAAAGAGUGAUACACAGUGAUGAAAAAAAUAAAAAACAAAACUACAAAGUGAUGGAAAGUGAUACACAAGUUGAAAGUACUUUAAAAGGUGAUAACAAUGACAAUUUCGAUUCCAGUAGACAUAAAUCGAAGUUUUUCGACGAAUUGGGAUUGAUACCACAAACUUGUCGGUGGCGUGGUGCUCGGCAUCCGUGCGGCCUGAGCAUAUCCUGCGUGCUAGGCGGUGGGAAACCUCUCGACCUCUGCUCCGGUGGCAUGAUAUGGGCAUGCUGCGUCGACAGGGACACUACCGAGAAACCUGUCGAAACAGCCCCUGUUGUACAUAACGCAAGUUGCGGCGAACACUACACUCGGUCUAACCGUAUCGUAGGCGGUCACUCAACUGGCUUCGGCUCGCACCCCUGGCAAGCCGCGCUCAUCAAGUCCGGCUUCCUCAGCAAGAAACUCGCCUGUGGAGGAGCGCUUGUAUCAGAUCGAUGGGUUGUUACUGCAGCUCACUGUGUAGCCACGACUCCCAACUCCCAGCUGCGCGUCCGUCUGGGAGAGUGGGACGUGCGAGACGCGGGUGAGAGGUACUCUCACGAAGAGUUUGCAGUGCAGCGCAAGGAAGUGCAUCCCUCUUACGAGCCUGCCGACUUCAGGAAUGAUGUCGCCCUGGUACAAUUAGAUAGAGUAGUUGUCUUCAAACAACAUAUACUGCCUGUGUGUCUACCCCAUAAACAGAUGAAGCUUGCUGGAAAGAUCGCCACCGUAGCUGGCUGGGGCAGGACUCGGCACGGACAGAGCACAGUGCCAUCUGUGUUACAGGAGGUAGACGUAGAAGUGAUACCUAACGAGCGAUGCCAGCGCUGGUUCCGUGCAGCGGGCAGGCGCGAAACUAUACAUGACGUGUUUUUAUGUGCCGGAUAUAAAGAGGGUGGUCGUGAUUCCUGUCAAGGGGAUUCUGGCGGCCCGUUAACAAUGAAGAUGGAAGGACGCAGCACCCUCAUAGGGCUGGUCUCGUGGGGUAUUGGCUGCGGCCGCGAGCAUCUACCAGGAGUGUAUACGAACAUACAGAAGUUCGUGCCUUGGAUAGACAAGCUCAUCAGCUAGCUAAAUUGAGAAAUUUAAAUACAUUGCUACUUAAGUUCAAGUCUUAAAGUCGAAACAUCAGUUUCAACAUCAUGAAGGAAAUUUUAAUGAACAGAAUAUAAGAUGGAUUUUUUUUACUCUAAAACGACAUCUAGAAACUUCGACAAAGAACUUUUCUCACUAGAACUAUGGCGAGUGUUUUCAAAGAUUGCUGUUUAUCAAGCUAUUAGAAGAUUCCGAGCAAUAGCUGAGAUAGUUAUAUUACUCAUAAGACCUCUCUAAAAUAUUAUAACGAAAGUGUUUGAAGUUUCAAUCUCAAAUACAAUGUGUUUUACAAUUAUUUUAUAUGUAUAACUUUCAUGAAUAAUCUUGCUCAUUUAAAUACAGAGCAUUAUAAAAAUUAUUCAGUUACCAAACAAUUCAUUUGAUUUUAACAGUGAUUGCAUUUAAUAUGAAUCGUGUAAUUGUAAUCAAGAUUAGUUUAAUGUCAAUUAUUUAGUAUUUAAUUAAUCUAAAAUAUUGUAUUAUCAAAAUAUUUAGACGCACAUUAAAUGAGAAAUGUGAUAUUUUCUAAAAAAAAACUAUACUUUUGUAAAUAUUUCUUACUAGUAAAUAACUAUAACGUGUGGUCCUUUUUGUUACAAUAUUUGUAUGGAUAAUUUAUUUUUAAAAUAAGUUUUUGCUGUUUUUGUUUACUAAAACAAUAGUAAAUUAAAAUGUU